AUGGCGCCUCCUCCUCCUAUUAUUAUCGACGCACAAGCUGUAAGUGGAAUUACGGGAUCAAUUUCACUAGCAUGUUGGAUUAUUGUAUUUGCUCCACAAAUUUAUGAAAAUUUUCGUAGAAAGUCAUCAGAUGGCUUAUCGUUGCUGUUUAUCAUAUUGUGGUUGGCGGGUGAUGUUUUCAAUGUUCUUGGAUCGAUUUUGCAGGGAGUUUUGCCCACAAUGAUUAUUUUGGCGAUUUAUUAUACGUUGGCGGACGUGGUUUUGUUAUGGCAAUGCUUGGUGUAUGGACUCGGGGAAAAGGCCGAUUUCAUACACUUAUCGCCUGCCAAUCCGUUGAAUGAUGAUGUGUUGGAGACGGCUUUAUCGAGCGAAGAACGCACUACUGUAUUUAGCGAUGACGAAGACUUGGAAGGGGGCAAUCAAGAGGUGAGAAUAGGUGACGAUAACUCGAAAAUAACGACAUUGAUGUCGGCGGUAUACAAGACGUUGAUGGUAUUGAUAGUUAUAUUUGCGGGCCUCGUUGGGUGGUACAUUUCAUACGUCAAGGAUGCACACCGCGGAGGAAAACAUCAUCCUGGCAAACACAGUCCACAAGACCUUGUAUAUGAUCCUCUUGCCCAAUUUUUUGGAUGGCUCUGUGCAGUGUUCUAUUUGGGCUCACGUAUACCGCAAAUUCUACUUAAUUAUAAGAGAAAAUCGUGUGAGGGCAUUUCUUUCAUGUUUUUCCUUUUUGCAUGUCUUGGUAACUUGACCUACGUCAUUUCGAUUUUGGCUAUUGAUAUGAGUUGGUACUACUUAUGGGUCAACUCAUCGUGGUUAGCCGGCUCGCUUGGUACUUUGGCAUUGGAUUUCACCAUUUUUGUCCAAUUUUUCCUCUAUAACGAAGACAGUGAAGAUUCAGAAGAUUCAGAAGAUCAAAGCUUGGUUAGUGGAUCACAAGAUUCUUACGGAACUGUUCAAUAG